AUGCCGAAUAUUUCUUGUUUUGAUUAUUCCAGUUUCUUUCAAGGCCAAAUGAGGAGUUUUAAUAAAUCACCUGGGACAGAAGCCUAUGAGGAAGAUAACAUACAGGAGCGGGAAAAUAAUUCAGAACCGUCCCAUAAUGUGACUCCACUUCUGCCGGACUCAUGGAAACCAUACCGAGGGCUCCGGGCAAAUGUCAAAGAGCUGCUGGUAAUGCUGAGCAGAGGCUUGGGAAGCGUCUGUGGCAUGCGGUGGUAUGGCUUUGCCGCGUUGGGCAUGUUGACAGCCAUCCUAAGUUUUCUCAUGGACCUCAGUGUAGCAAAGCUGCUUCGAGCUCAUCAGUGGCUUUAUAUGAGACUGGAAGGCCACAUUCUGCUGCAGUUUUUCUGCUGGACGCUGUACCCAGCAUGCCUCUGUGCUUUUGCAUCUUCCUUCUCCCAUAACAUCAGUCCCUUCUCCACAGGUUCUGGGAUACCAGAGGUCAGAGCUAUGCUGGCUGGCAUGGAAAUGCCUCAUUACCUUUCUCUGACUAAUAUGUUCGCUAAGUUUCUGGGUCUUAUCUGCACUCUGGCUGCCGGAAGCACAGUUUUCCUCGGCAAAGUUGGGCCAUUUGUGCAUCUUUCCACCAUGAUAGGGGCCUAUUUGGACAAGCUUUGCUGUCUAAUACAGGGCAAUCAGAAGGAGGCAGGGACAGAAAUGUUGGUGGUUGCUGCUGCGGUUGGAGUAGCAAGCUGCUUCGGAGCUCCAGUCAGUGGUGUGUUGUUCAGCGUAGAGGUGAUGAGCUCUCACUUCGCCCUGAGGCAUUACUUCCCAUGUUUCUUCUCUGCUGCCUGUGGGGCUCUGACUUUCCAUUUGUUCUUUGUGUGGAGCGGAGAUGGAGAGACUCUUCAGGCGCUGUUUAAAACCAAUUUCCCCACCUCUUUACCUUUCUUCCCGCUGGAGAUCCUCCUGUUUGCUCUGCUGGGGCUGCUGUGUGGAGCUCUGAGCUGCUGCUACCUCAUUAGCCACAGGUGGAUCCUUAAGUUCACCAAAACCAACCGGUUCUUCUGUCAGAUGCUGACAACAGAGAAGGGUCUGUACUCAGGUCUUAUUGUUUUCUUUCUGGCAUCGCUGACGUUUCCUCUGUCGGCCGGUCAAUACAUGGCUUCUAAGUAUACCACAAAGCAGCUCCUUACUUCCCUUCUGGAAAGCAGACAAUGGAGCUCUCAGUCCCAUAAUGCAUCUGUGCUGCUGGCGUCGCUGGAGUGGAGCUCAUCAGGCACCCCCAUUUUCCUGUCUUUGGCUUUCUUUCUGCUCAUGAAGAUGUGGAUGUUGGUCCUGGCCUGCACGCUGCCUCUGCCAGCCGGAUACUUCAUGCCUGUGUUUGUCAUCGGGGCAGCCGUUGGCCGUUUGCUUGGUGAAGGAGUUGCCUACAUGUCCUCUGGUGGGGAGACUCUGUGGAUAUCAGUGAAUCCUGGAGGUUAUGCUCUAGCAGGUGCAGCUGCCUUCUCUGGUGCUGUAACCCAUACACUGUCUCCAGCCCUCCUGGCUGUAGAGCUGACAGGUCAGUUCAGCCAUGCUGUACCCAUCCUCCUGUCCACUGUGCUGGCCAAUGCCCUGGCACGCUCUGGGAACCGACCGUCCUUCUAUGAUGCCAUCUCUAUCAGUAAGAAGCUUCCAUACCUGCCCUCACUGAAGAAGGCGUGUCACCAACUUUCCUCCAAACCACUCAGGCAGGUUUUAGGAGUGAAAUCAGUGCAGCUUCAGAUAACAGCUGGGCCAGCAGAGGUCCAGGCAGCUGUCAACAGCAGCAGUGAAGCACAAAUCCCUGUGGUGGACUCCCAUGAUUCAAAGCUUUUUCUGGGUUAUGUUCUGCGAUCGGAGCUGCUGCUGUUUCUGCACCACUGUCGAACUCAGAGUAUGGGGGAACGGCUGGAUGAGGUCUGCAGCAUACAUCAAAACUCCAUCCUGGUAUCAGCUGACACUACAGUAGAGGAGGCCUACAGUGUACUGAGCAUAGCUGGAACUCACCCUUUAUUUGUGGCGGAUGGCGGAAAGCUGGUUGGACAAAUCACAUGGUCUGAGAUGCAGCAAAUCUUGGAAGGCUUGGCUAGGGAGAUCUGAGCAGCAUCAGCUUGGGAUCAGCACUUAAACUGACAUAAAUUCAUCUAUUUCGGAUUUGCAUUCAAUAAAGCUGGUGCCAGAUAAUGAUGCAACUUUUUCAUUCCCCGAGUUUAACAUUGUUUGCUCCUGAACAAAACGUAUUAACUGGUGACUAAGAUGAUAAAUAUUUAUCAAAGCUUUUCUACUUUUGUCUUUAAUUGUAAUUAAUGGUGUUGAAUCCAGAGAGGAGGGAAACUCUCAUUCAGUUAUUCAUACACUUUGACAUGAUAUUAAAAGUAGUGGGAAUGAACACACAGGUCUUCUUGGUAGGGUAUCUAAAAGCUGCCACAAAAAACAAGAAAUGAUAAUAUAUGUGCAAAUUUAUGCAGUGAAUUUUGUUCCAUUAUUGGUGCAAGCAAAGGACAUAUUUUGUGAAUGGACAUUUGAAAAUAAAAUGCAAUUAAGAAAUUAGCAUUCUGAAUA